AUGGAUGCGCGGCACGGCCUGCCGACGGCCGGUAGCCCGGACGCCGAUGAGGGCGCUCUUGCCGCCGCCCGCCUUCAAAUUCAGCGCCUGACCGACAAUGGCCUAUCCCCAGAGACACUGCUGCGCGCGCUGCUGGAAAAGUGCCCGACUCAAGUCCAGGCUUCGGGACUUUGGCAGCAGCAGCACCCCGAGUCAUGCUUUACUCCCUCGCCGUCCUCCCCCUCACCUUGCGCCUCCCCGACCUCGACAAUCCAUAGCUCCCACAGCGUCUCCGUCCCGACGACUUUUGACCAGACCAUUGCUGCCGCCUUCGAGAACAAGACGACAGCCACCAGUGUUGACGAACGCCAAAGCAUUGGGGCAAAGCAGCACACACCCCGCCUUUCCGUAUCGUCAACGCGCACUGGUUCAACGGCCAGGUCGCGGGCCAGUGUCAUGUCGUCUGCAACUUCGAUAAGCUCCACGUCGUCGCAGGGUAGUGGUAUGAGCCGUUACUCCCAGCUCCCUGGCACGCAGUCGUUCAACAGCCGGCCGUCAACAAGGGCCUACUGGUGUACAUCAUGUCCCCAGAAGCUGCAGCGCAAGUUUGACUGGAAACGUCAUGAGGACGAGUUUCACGAGAGGUAUAAAAAGUAUCCUUGCCCCGACUGCAACCGAGUCUUUUGGGGCGCCAACACGUUCAAUCAACAUCACAAGUCUCGCCACAAUUGUAAAACAUGCCCCCACGCCGAUAAGGUGGUACGUUACUCGAAGCGCAAGCGUGCUUGGGGCUGUGGCUUCUGCGCGGCCUUCUUGCCCUCUCUUGAACGAUAUUUUGAUCAUGUAGCUGUGCACUACGAAUCCGGCAAGACCAAGGCCCACUGGGACCAUGCUCUGGUCAUCUAUGGUCUCCUCCAUCAGCCUGUCAUUCAUGAUACAUGGAAAGCCCUCGAGUCGGCCAAGUACGGUGGUCUGCCCCGUGAGCAGCGGCCUAAGAUCAGCUGGGAUCCCAAGAACACGGGUCGCUCGCAUGGUUACCUCGAGAACGAGGAGCCUGGUCAGCUGCAGGAUUUGUUGGAGUUUUUCGACCCGGCCAAGGAUAAUGCGCAGCAAAUAGUUGAACUGGCCUGGGAGACUGCCAUCCAGCUUGUUGUCUCUCUAGAACCCCAGCAGGGCUCCGGCGUGGGGAGGAGGCCGUCACAAUAUAUUGGACAUGCACAGGUUGUGCAUCCUGGGGGAGUAAAGCAGGAGGAUUUGCAUGAGCAGCAACAGCAACAACAACAACAGAUGCAGCAGCAGCCAGAAAUAUCUUUACCACAUACUCAACGUCCGCUUCCUCGGCAACCUUCGAUACAGAUGCUUCCCCAGGAGCAUCAGCAGAUGCUUGAGGUAAAGCAAGAAUGGCCAUCAUCAACAGAGACGUUGGCCCUUAAACAGGACUGGCCCCUCACCUCCGAUGCCUCGUCCGUGCACUCCAUACAAUCGAUUCCCUCUCCGUUGCCACCAGGCAUGCAGCAACAGCAACACACGACAACGGUGACCCCACCGUCGCACCCACCGCCUCCUCCGCCGUCUCAUCCGAUUGAUACACAGGUGUCACUUCCUUCCGACCCGAUGGCUAUUGAUCAGCGACCGAUGCCGACAGACCAGAUGGUCUUGGAUCAACGUGGGCCCGUAGCAUUCGAGCAGAACUUCUACCAGCCUGUGCAGAUGAACGGAUUUUCAAACCCCCCUGCCCAUCCAAUGGAUUACACGUCAUUCAAUGGCACUGUCGACUUUGGCAGCGGAUUGAUGUACACGGGUGCAGCAGAUUGGAAUUCAAUAGUGGCUGCUGUCGCGGCGGCUGAUACAGGGAUGGGCAAUACUGGCUCCGAGGGCCAGCAGCAACCCCAGCAGCAACAACCACAGCCACAAAUCCAACAACAACAACAAGGGUAUUGGCCUGACGGAUUAUACCCAGUUCAGUCUUGA